AUUGAUUAUUAUCGUAAAGUCGAGAUGACCAGUUGAUCAACUAAUGGUGUUCGAGACAGUUCGAUUUAUCGCCGGCUUAUAACGCGAUACGGCCAUUAAUUAACGAGACGAAAUGUUUUGACGAUAUAAAGUGACAUUUCUGUUGUGAAUCUUGUGGUGAUGUGCAGUGAAUAAUAAAAAAGAAACCACAAGCACUUGGGAAAAUGAUGCUGGUAACGUGAAGGAACAUUUCGUUGGAAGGUUAUCUAUUGAAACCAACAUCGGUGUACCUCGCUAGGGUUGAUGUACUGCAGAGUGACCAAGUGCCAGAGGACAUGAGGAUGGACAGAGUGUGUGUUGGUGGUGAGUUAUGAGGUAACAGAGUGAGGAGAACAGAGGGUCCAAGUGUGUGAGAGAGAAGGAAGCAAAGAUGUUGUGCCUGAAAAAGCGGAGGACCUACAGCUUCACGCAGGGUGUCUGCACGGAGUUGCCUAGGCGAUCGAAGGAGGACAAUCAUCGGUACGAGGGGUCCUUGAACAUGGCUAUUACGACACUGCCGCGUAAGAACAGGAUUAGAGAGGAGAGGCCAUCCAGAAUGGUUCUAACCGUGACCGAGGACACGCCAGCAGACAUGCUAGCCGGUAGCAUGGAGCUCCUGGUCCAGUUACCUCAGGAGCAUCAUCUUCAAACGCAGAGGGUCACGGUGCAGAGAAGUAUGCCGAUGAUGGACCUCCUCGUGCAGAUCGCCACGGCACACAAAUUGACGGCUUCUAGCUACACUCUGCAAGCGAUUGGAGAACGUGGAAUAGUUCUACCUCAUCAACCUAAUACGCCAAUUGGUGCAUUGGAUGCACUUCAGGUAAAGCUGCUACCUAAGCAGGGCACUUUUGUACCAAGAAAAUCGAAGCAAGUUAAUCAACCGUUCGAAACCACUUUUAGGCUACAGGUACAUCUACCAAGAAAUCAACUGUGGGUGUCCAGAGUCAGUCCGAAGAUGAAUCUAGGCGAGAUCUUGGAUCAAGUGUGCCGCGAAAAAGAUUUAGAUAAGAACAAGUAUGAACUGCGUCAUCCGGCAAGCUUGGAGACACUGGACCUGUCGCUGUCAUUGCAGGAUUACCAUCUUCAGGAAGUCACUCUAUACGCCAAGCAAGGUAGAUCACUAGGCUCGGCACUCAGCACUCAAGAUAUAAUGGCUCUACAAAGGCAAGAAGAGCGACGUAGGCAACAGGCGAAGCAAGGUGUCUUUGGAUUUGUGUUCAAGAAAUCUAAGGAGGGUUCCUUGAGUACCGAUAGCCUCGGAGGACGUAGUGCAUCACCAGCGAGGAGUGAUGAGACUGGAAGAAGCACGAGUCCUUUACAACCGCCUACCAGACCUCAGAGGAAGCGGAGACCCGCGCCAAAGCCGCCUAUUCAGGCUCAGGCAGACGUUAGUAAUGGUACAGAAGAAAAUUGCGCAGACUCCAGCAAGGACAAGGUAGUGAUCAGUCACAGUCGUAACAGCAGUGACAGUUCAGGCUACCACGAAGCUUCUGUGUUAAGUGACAACCCAGAUUCCGCUGGGAGACUUCCAGAAACGUUGCCCAGGAGGAACAAGGUUCCACUGGAAAUGCCCAGAAAAUUAGCUCAAACAUCACAAUCCAGCAAGAGCUUGAGCAAUCUGACUUCUGUGCCUGGUACGCUUAGUCACGGAAUUAGCAGUACCUCCUUAAGUUCCACAGGAUUACGAAAGAAAAGGGUCGCACCUCCUCCGCCAGUAACCAGACCUCUGUCGUCCGCCAUCUCCACCCAAGCUCUGGAACGCAUAGUCGACUCCGAAGAGUCUCUAACGUCAGACAUGGAUCCUUCCAAACCUCCUUCCGACAUCAGUGUCCCUUCCAAAGCAAACUCGGACAUAGAAGAGCGUCCAAAGGCCAGCUCAGACAUCGGAGUAACAACACUCGGCUCAAAACUAUCCAACAGUAUUGAUUUCACCAAUCCAGACAGCUCGAAAGUGGAAUUAGAAUUGAAGGGCAGCAAAUGUGAUAUUGAACCGCGCCACAGAUCCGGAUCCAUAAACGUUAAGUUACCUAGCACGGAACCAGGGCACCCUGCACCCGUAGAAGACGCUCCUGUAGAUUCUAGAUUGCCGCGGAAGAGAGUUGGAGAACCUGUUCCACUUCCCAAGCCUAGAAAAGCCGCCACAAUACGGCCCGAGGUGCCAAAACGCAAACUAAAACCGCCCUCCCCAUUGAGUAGAACCCUCAGUUCAGACUCCAGCUAUGUAGACUCCUUGUCCAACGCUCCUGCGCACUCCAGUACUGGGAGUUUUAUAACUGACUCAAGUUCCAAUUGUGGAAGCUCCAUCAAAGGUGAAGAGAAACUGGAUGUCUGUUCCAACUAUUCUACCAGUGAGGAUGAGGUGUUCAUGACGCCAGAGCACCUGAGUGAAGCAAGCUUUGAUUACAGUUCAAUAGACUUGGAGGAAAAGAACCAAACUAACUCCACAGAUACAGCUUUAAAUAACGAUAUUGAUGAUGGAGUUAAUGGUGAAAGAAAAUUAAGUAUAAAUGAGGAUAAAGUAAAUGAAGCUUCUUUAAACCAGGAUUCUACAAUGGUAAGAAGUGAACUAAGUACAGUAUCAUCAAAGAAUUCUAGCCAAGAGAAGAAACUCUGUGCUGUAAUAUCUACCAUGCCAAAGUGUGACCACUUGAGUUCACUGAGCAUCAAGGAUACAGUUAGUCAAAGUAAAGAGUGGGAGGGUCUGAAAGAACCAAAGAAAGCCAGGAUUCCUCGAACAGCGUCAAAGUCCAAUGAUUUUGAGGUUAAUGCGUUAGAGAAGCAGAAGAGGCAUUUAACUUCUCAUGCAGAGGAUAUCACAUUUGCCUUAAAUUUGAAUGUGAAUCCUAGUCUGCUGUCUGACAGAGAUCUUGUACAGCAAUCGAGGGAGGAGCAAGAUACUGAGUCUCAGGAUGUGGGUGGAGAAAAGUCCCCUGUUGCAGUGGUUUCAUCAGAUACAAAUCUCUCAGAGACUGACGUACUGCUUCAGAAAGUAUCUGACACUUUGUCCAACUCUCUACCUGUAGCAUCAUUCGAUGAAGUACCAGUGUCUCCAACAAUAACUAAAUUAGAGCCAACAAACAUUUCCAAAGAAACAGACCAGAAAAACAAAAAGAUCUCUGAGUAUCCCAAUGGUUUUGAUGUGAACAUCAGCUCGACAAAUUUGACUGUAAACUCUCAGCAGGACACGUCAGACUAUGUAUCAGCAGUCGAUGAAGAUUUAUCCGUCACCGACUGGGAAUAUCAACUGCCAGCUCCGCCAAGUGCCUUCAGAGACUCUGCUUCUCCUGUCUUCGAUAACUUCGAAGUAAUCACUCCUUCGCCUGAAUCAUUCAGAGACACAGAAAUCACUGAAUUAACCUCAACUUCAGACCAGAAAGAUGGAAGGAAUAUUAUAGAAAAGGAAGAAAGGCAAGAAAUUGAAGUUAGGAAAGAGACUCCACUUGCGAAGUCCUUCAUACAACAAAAGCCAGAGUCUAGCAUGAAGAAGGAGGUGAUUUAUGAGCUCGAGAAUAAAAUAAGUACUUUGCCUCAGAAUAAUAUGUCUCAGAAGGAUGUGGAUUCCAGGAGGUUAUUGAACCCCUCAACUCCCAAAAUUUCCCCUGUAGAUAACACAUUGUCAAAUUUUACCAUCACAACAUACAGCAAGCAAAAGAACCUGAAUAUAUUUGAAGAAGUAGAACAGUCUAGAAAGAUAAAUUCUGAUGAGAGAUUUAUCAGAUCCUUUGCGACUCUGACAAGGAACAAGGGCAAUCUUGAUGAGAGUGAAGAUAAGAAUCUGAAGGAAUUCAGUGUUGGAACAUUGCAAGGGAAGAGAAAGGUAACCAUGGGAGAAGAUAAGUCGAGUGAGACAAAGCUGGAACCAAAGAUACAAACAGAAUCCCUGCAGAGGUGGCAGUCUGGCAAUGAAAAGAGCAAUAUUCAGAGAUCCAAGAGCUACAUAUCCAUGUGUGACAAAUCUAACCUCCAAGGAAAUAUAUGUGAGAUUGAGAGUAUCAAGAAUGAAAAAAAUCUGGAGAUGGACGAUAGUGGAAUGAAAAAAGCAACGAGCAUUAGUAACCUGAGCGUAACUGCGACUAAAAACGACGAGAAAUCCUCGCAGUGGCGGGAUAAUAUUCUGAAGCGGCCUACCAAAGAAAAGCAACUGCAGUCUGUACAGGUGCUAAAAAGCAUUUUGCCGCAGUUGAAAAAUGCUCAACAGGCGGAGGAAAAUGUGCCCAAAGAUUCGAGUGAUAUAGUAUUAUCUGAAAAAACGAGAUCCGAGACUACCUCUAACGAACAUUCGACCGAAUCGAAUGAAGUUUCGACUCGUGAACCUCAGACAGCACCAAGUAAUAAGAAAGUAGAACCAGAAUCAAAGAAACCAACGCCAGAAACUAAUAAGAAACGAUAUACCUACUCAGGACCUCCUAUGAUCAAUUUAGGCAGUUGGUCCGAACGACCUAGUAUUAAUGUCCAGAUAAAGAAGGACAUUGACUACAAAUUUGGAGUCAAACAAACUAACAGCACUACCAUCGUUAAUAUUAAUAGCUCUAAAGAUGAAGUAGACUCCAAUAAUGUUGAUAGUUCUACCAAAAUACAGAAGAGUAAAUUUGAAUUUUUGGAUAAAAAGGAGCCCAGUGAGUUAACCAAGAAAUUAAUUAGUCAUACAACAGCUACAGGAUUCAAAAAGCUAGUACUGAAUAAAGUUAACAACUCAGAACCAAAAGUCACUAAUGAUAAACCAGUUGUAACAGGAGUUGAGCUGAAAAAGAGCUUCCUCGAAAACAAACAAGAUGACAAUGUGAUAGACACUACUCCAGUAAAUUUCAAAGAAUUAACAAAAGCAUUUGGUCAAGAUGUUUGCCUGCGACCAAAACCAAAAAGGUCCAGUACAAUUCAACGUUCAGAUUCUCAGUUGGAAAACGAUUCUAGUAGACAGAAUGGACAUAGACAAGAUCAGUGUUUAAUAAAUGGCCACCAAAAUAUUAAACCUAAGAGGUACUCUUCGAUAGUGGGUAUCCAGAAUGAAGGUAACCUGACAUUUCGAAAUGGCCUAAGCAUUAAAGGGCACCAGCCAAUGCCUGUUGUUAAAGGGUUUAAGAUGUCAAGUACAAAGAUUGGUGCAAGUCAAAGUUAUGAGAACCAAACUAAAGAAGGCUUCAAGGAAGAAAUGAAAGAAGAUAAUAUUAAAGGAUCAUCCAAGGAUUCAAAUGGUACACCAAGGCCUCCUACUAUGCCCGUGAUAACGGGUGUGACUUUGAAAAGUGCCAGACCUAAGUCCAUGCCCAUUCAAAUUGACCAGCGAGACGUUUUGCUGGAAUCGAUUAGAAACUUCGGUGGUCGCGAGAAUUUAAAAAGCGCUAUGGAAAGAUGUUAGCUGCCUUUCAGAAAGUAGGAAACGUUCUUGACACGAGGAUAAAAUCGGAAAAAGACUGGCGACCGAGGAUAUAUUGUUCUCGAAGAGAUAUUCUGGUGCUUUAAGUCGUACAGCCUUAGUGAUAAUACAACGUUUGGCAAUUAUCGGCACAAAAGAAAGGGCAAGAAGAAACUAUUUAUGUAUAUUUUUUAAUCACUAUCGAAGGACCACUCACAUCUGCCCCGUACUUUUGUCAGUUGUCAAACCUGACCUCUUCGAAAUCAUUCCAUUGACGGUUUGCUGGCUAAUAGUCUAUAAAAAACAGCCACGUUAGUCGUCCACGUGUAAAUACCGUGUGUAAAAAGGUCGAGACAACCAGGAAAAAGAGUUGUCAAUAAAAAAGAAAUCUGUCAAUGAUGUACAUAUCGUUUAGCUGUUUAAAGCGAUAAGAGAAAUAUUUUAUUUUCGUGUCCAAAUAGUCAACGGGCCGAGUUAGGUCCGUUUUCGAAACAUUGUUGCUCAUUAUAUGAUGCAGUCCACGCAAUUCUUGUUAAGUUUUCUUUUUUUUUUCUUUUAUUAGUUCAAUCAGCCAUUCGGUCCUAACCUGACCUAAAAUGAGAAAAGAGGGAAUUGAAGAUAGGUUAGAUCUGAACGGUUGAGUCAAUGUUGACUAACAUUUCCUAUUCUUUACGAUUAACAUUAAGUUUCUAUCACUGGGACCAAAGGUGACAUCAUUUAUUUUACAUAUUGUACAACGAAUUUAGAUGCAACUAGGGUGUGUGUAUAAUUAUGAAAGAUAAUCUUUUCUUUUCGUUUUUUGAGAGAGAAGGAGAGAGAGAAGCAAUCUGGUCAGUCGCAUAGGUUGAAAAUCAUAAUAAUGAGAUAUAUUCAUUAAUUAGUAUGCAUUAACAGAGUUCAAAGUAAGUUUUAAUAUGUGUUAGUAGAAAACAACGAAGGAUUGAAAUACAAUCGAUUUCCUUUUUUUCCUUUUUUGCGUUUACAUUUACUGUUAAUUAAAAAGAAAAGAAAAUAAAAAUUUGUUUUUGAUUAUUAACAAGGUUUCGAUAAUCAUUCGGAAAAAGUAUAUUGUAUUUGUUAAUAUGAUAUUGUCGAUAUUAUUCUAAAAGGAUUAAUUAGACUAUUGUGUUUAAAUAACAAAUUUCAGUAUGUAUUUGUUUUAUAGAUUAUGAUCAUUCUGGAAAAAUAUUUUUAUGGCAGGUGGCAAUCACCAUGGAAAGGUGUAUUGUAUACUGUAAAUAUCAUAUAUGUUAAUACUGUAUUUAAUAUUAUUUUUCCUUGCGUAAAAAUAUAUUACGGCGACACUUCUAUUUAUGUAUGUUGUUAUUUAUAGUUCCAUUAAAAAUGAAAAAAAAUUAUUGAUUUUUA